AUGACUGACAUUUAUUCCAUCAAACCUGGCACUGUAUUUGCAUGGUUUAUGCUGGUACUAGUUAUUCGACGUAUCGUUCUGAUCGUGAUGCUUAUAGCAUCCGGGAUAGCAAAAUCAUCUGGAGCCGCUUCGCAACCUGUUGAAGUUGCACGUAAUGGAAGCAGUGGAAAAAAUGCAAAGGAAUCAGAUCAAGCCGAUCUAGGUACACUCAUCAACACAGCCAUCACUAAUGAUUCAGAAAAUGAUACAUACUUUCUUAUACUUUACUUGGCAACAGGUAUAUAUUCGUACUCAGUGAAUGUUGAUGUAUUACGAAUGAUUGUAUAUGGAGCGGUCUACUUAUUUGCCCGUAUUAUACAUUCGGUUGUGCUCAUAUUGGAGCUACAACCGUACAGAACAUUGGCAUACUUGAUUGGUUUGAUGUGCACAUUGGCUAUUAGUAUCGAUCUUGUCGUUACAAUGUCACGCAGCACAAACUGA